AUGGCGACCUCACAAUCUGGAAAGGGCACAAAAACUGUGUUCACUUUGAACACUGGUGCUAAGAUGCCCGGUGUUGGUCUUGGUACCUGGCAAUCGAAGCCCAACGAAGUCCGUGAGGCAGUCAAGAAUGCCCUGCAAAUUGGCUAUCGCCACAUCGAUACCGCCCUUGCAUACGGCAACGAAGCGGAGGUGGGCCAGGGAAUCAUUGACUCUGGCGUUCCCCGUGAAGAGAUCUGGAUCACCACCAAGCUCGACAAUCCUUGGCACAAGCGUGUCACCGAGGGCAUCGAAUCCUCUUUGAGAGACCUGAAGACAGACUAUGUCGACCUCUACCUCAUGCACUGGCCCAGCUCUACGGUUCCCGAGGAUUUGAAGAGACAUUAUGACGACUGGAACUUUAUUGACACUUGGCGUGAGAUGCAGAAGCUCGUGGGCACCGGCAAAGUCCGAAACAUCGGUGUUUCCAACUUUGUGAUCUCCAACCUCGAGAAGCUUCUGAACGCGCCCUCAACGAAGAUCGUGCCUGCUGUGAAUCAAAUUGAACUGCACCCCAACAUGCCUUCGCCCAAGACCUUGGCAUACUGCAAAGAGAAGGGAAUCCAUUGCACAGCAUACUCCUGCCUGGGCUCGACGGACUCACCUCUGGCCCACGACCAGACCCUCCAAAAAAUUGCAGACGCACACGGCAAGACUCCUCAGCAGGUGUUGCUGAUGUGGGGACUCCAGCGAGGCACCAGCGUCAUCCCGAAAUCUGUCACGAAGUCGCGUAUCGAGGCAAACUUCCAACUGGACGGCUGGGAGCUGACACAAGAGGAGAUGGACGAGCUGAGCAACAUUAAGACCCGUUUCAAGGUCUGCGGUGAUUCUUGGUUGCCGAUCAAGGUCUUUUUUAACGAGGAGGGAGAUGGCGGUGACGUUCCUUCCCAUUAG